AUGGCAGACAUGAGGUGCCUCAGGUACCUCCUGCCAACGCUUCUGCUCUCUUACGUCAUCUGCUCCCAGCAGAGCUCUGCUGAAAUAGCAGCAGAAGAUGCUGACACUGCUCUGGAGCUGAUCGACUUGGACCAAAAGAUGGCGGCCGCUUUUGGAGGAUUUUUCAGUGAAAAUUAUGGGCAUGGCGGUGGUGGAGGCGGCCACGGUGGUGGAGGCCAUGGAGGCGGUGGUGGAGGCCACGGCGGUCACGGUGGCUACGGAGGUGGUGGACAUGGAGGAUAUGGCGGUGGCCAUGGAGGUGGUGGUGGAGGUCAUGGUGGAUAUGGUGGUGGUGGUCACGGAGGUGGUGGCGGCGGCCAUGGAGGAUAUGGUGGCGGCGGCCAUGGAGGUGGUGGUGGAGGUCAUGGAGGUGGUGAUGGAGGCCAUGGUGGUCAUGGAGGCUAUGGAGGUGGUGGUCAUGGAGGAUAUGGCGGCGGCGGCCAUGGAGGUGGUGGUGGAGGUCAUGGAGGUGGUGGUGGCGGCCACGGCGGUCAUGGAGGCUAUGGAAGUGGUGGUCAUGGAGGAUAUGGCGGCGGCGGCCAUGGAGGUGGUGGUGGAGGUCAUGGAGGAUAUGGUGGUGGUGGUCACAGAGGUGGUGGCGGCGGCCAUGGAGGAUAUGGUGGCGGCGGCCAUGGAGGUGGUGGUGGAGGUCAUGGAGGUGGUGAUGGAGGCCAUGGUGGUCAUGGAGGCUACGGAGGUGGUGGUCAUGGAGGAUAUGGCGGCGGUGGCCAUGGAGGUGGUGGUGGAGGUCAUGGAGGAUAUGGUGGUGGUGGUCACGGAGGUGGUGGUGGCGGCCAUGGUGGAUAUGGAGGAGGUGGUCAUGCAGGUGGUGGCGGUGGACAUGGUGGCUAUGGGGGUGGUGGUCAUGGAGGUGGUGGUGGUGGUCAUGGCGGCAGUGGUGGAGGUGGCCAUGGUGGAUAUGGCCAUUACAUCUCAUACUACUAA